CUUUGAUUGGAGGGAAAUCGUAGAGGGUGGCGCAUGCGCGUUCUGCCGACGCCAUCUCUGCUACUGGUUCUAUGUACUUGUAGGAGUGAAGUGAAUUUUAAUUUGUAGAUUUGUGUGAAUAAAUCAUGGAAUUACGCUGCCGUUAGUAAAGUCAAAUGUGUGCAUAAAAGUGACAUCAUUGGAAUUCUGUAACGUCCAUUAUUGCUUUGCGGAAGUUUCUUGGUCUAGAGCAUCGCAUAUUUUUUGUGGCUAUCUCUGCCGCGGUCGCCUCACGGAAAUAUUUGAUGGACUAUUUGACGUCGAUCGAAGCAUAGUGUUUUUGUAUCCGUGCUUGGGUGGCGUUAGGCGCGUCCAAGAUGAAUUCCGCUUUGAAGCCGGUGCUGCCGCAGGCGGGACCGCAGCCGGGCGGGCAGGCGAGCCCCGCGAAGGCCAACGUGGCGAACAUCAACCACGCCGUGGGGCACCCGCAGGGCGCCCAGAACUCGCUCCACCACGGGACCAACAAUCUUGUCGGUCAAAACCUCACGCAUCACGUCCCCGCGCCUCAGGUAGCGCCUCACGCAGUGCCGUCUAUGGCCCCUGUCUCCGCCAACAUGGCACAAAUGGCGCAAAACAUGAGUCACCAUGGAAACCUUUCUCAUGUUACACAGAAUUCUGUCACGCCGGCCAACGUCGCUGCGAGCCCUAGUAAGAGCGCGAGCACCAGUGCACCACUCAGCUUGGUCAGUCAGGACAAAGCGAAUACUUCUCAACCCCUGGCGCUUACGAGAACCCCUGAAAAGAAGGAGCCUGACUCUACCGGUCAAGCUAAUGGAACUGUUGAUUCACCCAAAUCUGCAUCCAACGCACCUACAGUGUUAAAACCUCAAAACCUUGAACCCAAUAAAGAGAAGCAGGAUAUUGCUAAGACAUCACCGAGUACUCCAAAACCUCCUGAAAAGCCUAGCAGUGCACCCACAACCCCCCAGAAAUCUGAGGUUGCUAACCCUCCUGGGCCCCCAGACAACCAAGUUCAACCUAAAGUUGCCACAGCUAAUGAACAAACAGAGAAGCCUGCUAAGCCAACAGAACCAAAACCGACUCCAACUGCAGACACAGCACCAACACAAAGUGAUAGUAAGCCACUUCCAGAAUCUGCUAAAGACAGUCAAUUACAAGAAGUUGCUCCUACACCUCCAACACCAGCAAAGGUAGAAGCUCCUGCAGCAGAGAGUGCUAAAACUGAGAAUCCUGUGAAGGCAGAGGAGAAGAAAGAGGAAGCUAAAGAAGAGAAGCCACAGCCAGUUCAAGAGAAAAAAGAGGAUGCUGCACAACCUGCUAAGAACGAAGUAACUGAAAAACCAUUGAAAGUGGAAGAGAAAGUUGAAGAAAAAAAGCCUGAAGUGAAAGCUCCUGUGGUGGCAGAGGUUAAAGCUUCUCCAAAACCAACUAUGAAAUUGGCAACAGUGACUCCACCAAUGAGAAAGAGGAGGAGGACAUCCCCACCAAAGAGUACUGAAGGACCAAGUUCUACAAAGAAGCCUGUAGAGGGUGAUUCAACCCCUGACAUGAGGACAAAAAGGAACAGGACUCAGGUACAACUUUACCAGUCUCCAACACCAGAGAUAACAAUGGCCACUAAACUUAGUGCGUCAGCUGGUCGUUCCACUCCCACUAAGCAAAGUGAUGACAAGCUUAUUGUGUUUUACAAGAACGAAUAUUUGGCGGUACGGAACGCCGAGGGUGGGUUUUACGUUUGUCAAGCGAUGCAGAACGUAUACCGUACUACGCGCAAGAUCAAAAUCCGUUGGCUAUCACAGGACAAGUCGGACCCCUCUGGGGAAACCUACAAGCCAGACUUCUAUGAUGUCACGGACAUGGAAUGCGUGCUAACAACGCUAUCGUUGCAACGCGCGUCUGGCGGCGCUCAGAUACUGAAACCCGCUGAACAAGCGCGCGCCAACUCCAUACUGGACCGGGCGCUCGAAGCCGAGCAGAGCGGCGGCAAGAUUGAGCUCACAGAGGAACAUCCAGAUGGACUGGACCUCUCCUUGUAUACAGAUGAAUCACAACUGGAGAAGAAGUCUCGCAAAAGGAACAGCUCUAAAUCCUCACCGCGCGGCAAAACUGACAACGCUAGCGAGACUGCGAAAGAGGAGGCGACUCCACCGAAAAAAUCGCGGACGACGCCAAAGCGCAGUCCAAAAAUUAACGAAUCCAAACCCAAAGCCAAACCAACGCCGCCCAAACAACAAAUAAACAAUAAGCGAAAACCAGCAGGUAGUACGCCCAUUGUGGCGACCACAAGCAAGGUAGGCAUAGUACAACGGAUAUAUAGAAAUACUGCGACGGCGGUUAGUGAAAAGCCUAAAGCUAAGUCUACGUCGACGCCGGCGCAGACCAAACGGACGCCCGCUAAAAAACCGGAGACGCCCGUCGCUACUCCCACGCGUAAAGGAAGGAGAAAUGUUAAAGAAAACAAACCAUCUCCCGUAGUGGCGACACCGUCCACAUCGACCGGGAAGAGCACCCGCACGCCCCGGAAGCCGCCCGCGAAGAAAUAAUACGCGGACCACACAUAGUGCUCGGACACUCGCCACCGAUACAGUAUCGUGCCGUAGAGAGAUCCGGUACGAUACCGGUGGCUCCCCCCGUUACGUUCAAACGGUUAUUGUACGAUAGCGCCGCGCAAUGCAACAAACCACGGCGGUUCCCCAAGCAAGUGUACCCUGCAUGCCCAAAUUUAAAGUUUAACAGCGGAACAGUUUGAAAAUUUCGUGAACAGUGAACAGUGAUUUUUACAAGAACUUUGUGAACGUCAGAAGAUUCGUUUAGCGCCGCGCAAUGCAACAAAACACGACGGUUCCCCAAACAAGUGUACCCGGCACGCCCAAAUUUAAAGUUUAACAGCGGAACAGUUUGAAAAUUUCGUGAACAGUUAACAAUGAUUUUUACAAGAACUUUGUGAACGUCAGAUGAUUCGUUUUGCCAAUGAACUGAAGUGAUUUUUUUGUUUUUAUUCGCGUUCGAAAAUGUGUAUACGUUUUUGCUUAAAACAUAACAGAGUUAGCGGAACCAACACGCGUCGAUCGUUCGAUAGAUAGCGGUGGCCCCCGUAACAUUAAACGGUGCUUUUGUACGAUAGCACCACGCAAUGCAAUAAUUCUACAGGAAAGUGUACCGGUAUGUUCUAAUUUACAGUUUCACUAGCUGAAUAGUUGAAAAUUUAAGAGAAACAAUUUUGAUAAGCACUUUGUAAGCAGUCCACGAAGAAACAGCUUGUGGAAGACAGUCAUAGUGCUUGGACACUCAUCACCAUUAUCUAUACCAUAAAGAUAGCUGUAGCCCCCGUAACGAUCAAACGGCAAUACAAUACAACAAUUCUCUAGGGAAGACUGGUAUGUCCUGAAUUCAUACAUUACAGUUUAAUAGCAGAAUAGUCGAGAAUUUAAGGCAAUUUACGGUUUUUAUAAAAUCUUUGUGAAUAAUAGUCGAUUUGUUCUGCUUAUGAACUGAAGUGAUGUUUUUUUUAAAAUGUGUGUACAUUUUGCUCAAAACACAACAGCUAACGAGGAACCAACACACGUUGCCAUUUUUAUAAAUACUUUUAUUGGGAGUAUGGAUUUAUAUUUAUAGUGAAGGAAAUGAUAAGCAAUAAAUGUUUUUGAUCAAUAUAAAGUUAUGUCAAUGUAAGUUUUAAACGAAGUUAAAUGUUAUGUCAUCAGAGAAUAAAAAUUUGGUAUGAAUAACAGCUAUUGAAAGAAAUCUAUUCUAUUUCCCUUCUAUUUUUUUAAAUGGCUUAACUUGCAAUUUGUGUAUAUUUUCUUAUGGCGACCUCCUUCAUUGAGAAGAUAUCAUCUUACAUUAAGCAGAUCUUUUAUUGGUGUUGGGCUCAAGCAACAUUGGACUUUAUUCUAAAGUACACUAUACACUGAUUUGGAAUAUAGUGCAUCUCAUUUAUCAUUUUUGCAAUGAAAUUUGAAAUAGCAUAGGCGGUACUUAAAAUAGGAUCGGUGUCACUAUAAUUGUUUCAGAUUAUUGAAAUAAAUAUUGAGUAUGAGAUGUACUACAUUUUUAAUUAUUAUUAGUGUAAUCAGAAUAUAGCGCAAUGUGUAGCUAACUUAACUGUGUGUGGUAGGUACAUAUAGAAGUAUAAUGUUCUAGGAAUUGACUUGUAAAGAUAAUAUUUAAAUUAUAACUUAAAUACAACAUUGUUUUUUUUUUACUGUAGUUUCAUAUGCUUUCUAUUCUGUGUAACUUCAUGUCUAUGGGCAGAUAUUUCCUUCUAAAACUUCUCAUGUGUGAAUAAAAUGUUUUAAUAAAAUAUUAUACUUCAUAAUAAUAUAAAUCUAUGCUAUUGUUUAUGAGGCUUGCAUGUUAUCAAUGUGGCCUUAGUGAACAUCACAACGUCAUUUCUAUUUCCAAUUAAGACGAAAAUUAAUCAGAGUAGACGGUUAAUUAUAUUAAUGUAAGUUUAAAUUUUAACAUUAGGGGUCACUGUAAAUAUUUACAACUAAUAACUUUUGUGUUUAAAAAAAAUCAUUCGACGCCUAUGGAGUACUGCUAUUUUAACGACUACUCGAGUUUUAGGAAGUGCAAUGACGUAAUAAACGAAUGAUUCAGACCUUGGAUUAAAACAAAAAGGAAAGAAACGGUAUGCUCAUAUUAUCAUCAAAUAAAAUAUGCUCCGACUCAACUACAUAAUCAACUCUCACACACGCAUACGUAUGGAAAUAAACAAUCAAUCGAAUGAGCGAGACAGAACUGUACGCUUCAACGCAGCGCGAGCGAAACUGCGAGACCGCGUCGCUUGGCUUGGCGACUGCGUUUUCAGUCUUCUUUCUACAAACGGCUGAUAUUGUUGUCCUUUUCUUGAUAAUAAAUGACGAAAAGUAAAUAACAUUGAUGCCAAACCGUGAUGUUAAGAAAAAAAAUGUUUUCAUAGUUUUACGAAUGAAAAGUGUUGCGAUGAAAUUUGUUAUUUGAUCUUGAACUCUUUGUGUUCUUUAUUAAAGGCAUUGUUUUAUUAUUAUAACACGUAUGUAAUAUUGUUAUAUUGAGUGCACAUGCAGCGUCUUUGAAUGUCCAAUUGUGACUAAAGCGAAUUGUGGUCAUGCACCACAAUUGAAGCGGAUCACUUUUGAGACGCGAGUGCCGUAUCUUCCCUUUUUGUUUUAAUCUAAGAUUCAGACUAAAAAGAUUGAUCAGACGCAAAUACCGAACGCAGCUACACAUAAUAGGACAAAAUUCCACGUGGCACAUUGGAAUCGCAUAAUAAAUUUUAUAAAUAUCAAUUUAAGUGGAUGUUUUGGUAUUUGCGAAGUGUGUCGUAUAGGACUACUCCAAUAUAAGGCAGAGAUGGGUUAACGAGGUGUUUUUUACCUCCGUUAAACUUAGGCAAUAGAAUUUAACUUUGUUAUUAAGGCUAGGUUUAAACAUGAAUGUAACGACGGUAUUCAAUUUAAUAUUGCGACCGAAUCUUGUAUAUCAGUACAAAGAAUUUAAAAAAAUCAGAACGUUUUUAUCAUUGGAUGUUUUGGCUUCGCAUAAGAAUAUAUUUUGAUAUGAUCCGUGUUUAUUUUAAGAUAAUAUUAUCAUAGUGUCUUGGAUUGUAGAGUAGAUAUAUCGGGUUUCGAUUGCAAAAAUGUAUAGUGUGAGAAAUAUAAUUGAUAGUAUUCAUUUUUAUCCACAGUUUGGACCAAAAUUUCAUUGAUAUAUUUGCAAUGUACUCCAUUAGAUCACUUUUGUACAGUUUGAAUACUUACCAAAUGUUAUAAAUUGUCACUGCCUACUGUAAAAAAUAAUCAUGAAGUAAUCUUACUUAUAGUUAAAUCAAAUCUAUUUACUGCUAUUCCUCAAUGGCGCAACUGUUAAAGCAACUUUUUAUUGAUUGUUGCUCAGUUGCAAUCUUCGUGGAAUUCCGUAGGUGGCUUGUAAAAAAAAUCCUUGAAAUAGCUAAUAUUGUCUUGGACAAGGGGAUCGGAUAAUGUCGCUAAUUGUGUUUCUACUAUCUCAUGGAAACCUUUAAAACCUCCAUUUUGUUACGUCACUUUUUAGUUGGUAUGGCGUUUGUUUAAUCAUGCUUUUGAGGCGUACACAAAUGCCCAGAUAAUUGUUAAAUUGUUUUCCAUAUUUUUAGUUUGUUAUAUAUAACUUUAAAUCAGUGCUCGUAUGAGCCGUGCGCGUGUGUGUGAAACGUAUUAGGAAAUCUUAAGUACCUAAAGUUUAGGUAGUAUUUUUAAAAUAGGUUAAUUUCUGAAGAGAAAUAAGUUUAGAUUAUAAAUUAUUGUGUGUGUAUUUUCUGUUUAUAAUGUGUACCUACUUGAAGCGAAUGUUUGUGACAAUGGUCGUCUGGUACAUUAGUUGUAAAACAUAUUUUAGCGUUUUAUACAAAAGAUAUCAGUUCGAGAGUACUAUUGUAACAGAAAGUCCACAAAUUUAUAUGCAAUUCAGAAUUAAAUAUAAUAAUUUAAGAGAUCACUAGUUUUAAUUAGUCACUCCUAAAUCGGUUGCUGAAAUAUUGGUGUAUCAAAAUGUUCCCUUUCAAUAUUUCUGCUACAAGCUAUUAAAUUUUUCUUUGUUGUUGCUUUCGCGCUAUAAAAUAAUUAAAAUCUUGUUUAUUUUUUAUACACAGCAAAUUUACCCUUAUUUUAAUGUGGAGUCUACUGGCGAGAAUAGCUGAUAAUAUGAAAAUAAAUAAUUAAUAUAUUUAAAUCUAAAUAACUAUGGAAACAGUAAUAAAAUCAGCAAACUCCGUAACAAGGUGCGGCGUUUUUUCACGCCUGAGCAACUGUGCGUGUUGUACAAGACUUAAGUGCGGUCUUGCGUGGAAUAUUGCUCGCACCUCUCGGACCAAGUAUUUACUCGAUGCUGUUGCUGCGGCGCGGAACCCACAUCGUUGGCGAUGUGGAAGUCAGUGACUGACUAAGCCACAGAAUACA